AUGAAAUUUUGUUCAAUUUUUUCGUUGGCAUUGUUUGCCUUUUUCUUCAAAACGAAUUUCUUGGUAAAUGGAGAAUUGAUUACAACAACCACCAGCAACACCAUUACUGGUCAAGAUGAUUUACUUGAAUUACUGCACACCGAAAAAGUUAUAAUUGGUGGCCUAAGGCAUUACAUUGAUGUACAAGAACAAAAAUUGGAUAUCUUAAGAAGGAAAACUCAAGAAAUCCAAAAUAUUUACGAUGGUGUUGGUGAUAAUCGUGAAGGUUAUUUAAAUAAUCCCAUUAAUGCCGUAACUAUGCUGAAGCGUAUAACCUCCGAUUGGAAGGGUUUGACGAAUUUUGCUGAAGAUUAUUUGGAUACCGAAGAGCUAACCAAAAACAUUACACAAAAUGAAGAAAUCACCUUCCCCACCGAUGAUGAUUACGAAUCGGCUUUGUUUGCUCUGCUGCGUAUUCAAGAUAUGUUCAAAUUGGAACCACAACGAUUGUCAGUGGGUGAAGUGAAUGGCAUUAAAAUGGGUUCUGAAAUGUCCUGGAGUGAUUGUUUAGAACUUGGUCUAAAGUCAAAUGAGAAUGGUUAUCCCGCAAAUGCGAAAUAUUGGAUGGAAACGGCCUUAGAGAAGAUACCUAUUGUGGGGAAUUUGCAACAGCAACAACAAAAUUCUACGGAAACGGAUAUCACAGAUUCGGCUGCUAAAAAUUUAAAUUAUUUUAGAAUAAAGGCACGUUUGGAAGUUUUAGGAGCUCUGAUGAAUGUGGAAUAUAAAUCAGGCAAUUUAGACAAAGCUUUGAAAAUAGCCGAUGAAAUGUUACAAUUCAACCCGAAGCAAAAAAGUGUUAUUAAAGCUAUGAAAUUAAUUAAGGACGAUAUGGAAAAGACGAAAAAAUCUUUAAAUGGAAAACAGAAUAAAAAAGCAGAGAAAAAGGUAAAUAAAACUGACGAAGAAUUGAUGAUUGAGGAAAUUUGCCGGGAGGCAACCAAUAGCCAACAACAGCAGCAACAAAUCCAUACCGCCCAACUGGAAACAUCAACCGACAACAACAACAACGACAACCACAACAACAUUCCUCAAUGUUCUCUGGUUGCAUACAAUUCAAAAUGGUUGUUGUUACAACCACUGAAAGUGGAAAUUUUGAAUGUAGAUCCUUUCAUUGUCAUCUAUCAUCAAGCUGUGAAUGACAAGCAAUUGAAUGAAUUGAAGGAGUUUUUGGUUGAAAAACAGGAGGAGGACAAUUCCAUUGGUGGUGAUGGUGACGACGACAAUGGCAUGUUACAGUUGACAAAUAUUGGUCUGAAAAAAAUGCACCGACUCAAUGAAAAAUUGCAUUCAGUCAUUGGUCAUGAACGUGCAGCGUUGAAUGCCAGAAAUUGGCGUUUCGAUUUUUACAAUUUCGAAAAUAUUAUGGAAGUGGAGAAGACUGCAACGACGACGAAGCAAAAAUCAGUUACCACAAGACAAGCUGGUGUAAUGUUCAAUUUGCAACAACCAAAAAUGGGUGGCUCGGUGAUAUUCCCUCAACUCCAAUUUAGUGUUAGUUUACCCAAAGGGGCCUUACUUUAUUGGACAACAUUAAACGAAUUUGGCUCAGAGGAUUAUCGUUCGAAAUAUUACGUCUGUCCUGUUAUUGGAGGCUCACAAAUAACUGCCACCACCUUUGUAAGAGAAUCCUAA